UUUCUAUGAUGAGGAAUUAUCCACAACUUCCUCACAAAUUUAUGUCUGACAAAGCAAAAAUUCACCAUCUACUUGAAAUCAUUGUUCAUAUCAACCUUGAGCGCGAUUCUCUUAAAAGACAAGAUCAGAAUUUUACAUUUGUUGUCCUUCUGAAGAAAAAGGCAUUCCUUAAGCAUGGUGUAAAGGAAGCUCUUAGAUCUCGUGUAAAAGCUCUGAACUUCUGUGCUACUUUGAGUUGUGGGGAGCUACAGGACUUUGCCCUUAACAAAUUUAAGGGGAUUUAAGAUGAGCUUGUUAUCAAACUUAAAUCUGCAUUAAAAGAAGUUGCGGUAUGUGCCAUUAACAAAUUGAAGGGGACUGUGUUUUAUUGAUGCGUUUUGGUCAAAUGUGCAAUUUUUGUUA